GUGCUGAGGUUUUGGUGGUAGUGUUUUCAGUGUUGAAAACUCUUUCUGUCUGUCUGUCUCCUCUAUUUCAGCUCUCUUUCUCCUCCUGCUAAUUCUGUGGGUUUAUUUUAUUCUAAUUAUAUAUAUAUAUUAGCUGCAUAUUUGUUGUAAUGGAACCAGCAGAAACCACUAAUGCAGGAGUUCAGGUGCGCGAUGAUCUGGCUGAGAAGUGCCAGAAGCUGUUUCUGGAGUUCCUGGAGGAGUUUCAGGAUAAAGUUGGAGAUCCACUGUAUUUACCUGAAGCUCAGGAGCUGAUCCGGCCUGAGAGGAACACCCUGACCGUCAGCUUCACCAACAUAGAGCACUACAACCAGCAGCUGGCCACCACCAUCCAGGAGGAGUACUACAGGGUUUACCCGUUUCUGUGCAGAGCUGUGCGCCACUUCGCCCGCGAUCAUGGGAACAUACCACCAUCUAAAGAGUUUUACGUGGCUUUUUCUGACUUCCCUUCAAGACAAAAGAUUCGUGAGCUGUCCACGGCACGUAUCGGCACUCUGCUGAGGAUCAGUGGUCAGGUGGUGAGGACUCAUCCUGUUCACCCUGAGCUGGUCAGUGGGACGUUCCUCUGUCUGGACUGUCAGUCGGUCAUUAAGGACGUGGAGCAGCAGUUUAAAUACACUCAGCCCACCAUCUGCAAAAACCCUGUAUGUGCCAACCGCCGCAGAUUCAUGCUGGAUACAAACAAAUCUCGCUUUGUAGACUUUCAGAAGGUACGUAUUCAGGAGACGCAGGCGGAGCUCCCUCGUGGAUCUAUUCCCCGCAGUGUGGAGGUGGUCCUGAGGGCCGAGGCUGUGGAGACGGCUCAGGCUGGAGACCGCUGUGACUUCACUGGAACCCUCAUCGUGGUGCCUGAUGUUUCUGCGAUGGCUCUGUCUGGCACCAGAGCGGAGACCAGCUCCAGAGUAACUGGGAAGGAGGGCUUUGAAGCAGACGGUAUUCAGGGUCUUAAAGCUCUGGGUGUUCGAGAGCUGUCCUACAGACUGGCCUUUCUGGCCAAUUAUGUUGCACCUACAAACCCCAGGUUUGGAGGUAAAGAGCUGCGUCAGGAGGACCAGACAGCAGAGAGCGUGAAGAAUCAGAUGACCGUUCAGGAGUGGGAGAAGGUGUUCGAGAUGAGUCAGGACAAGAACCUCUAUCACAACCUCUGCACCAGCCUCUUCCCCACCAUCCAUGGAAACGAUGAAAUCAAACGAGGGAUUUUGCUCAUGCUUUUUGGCGGAGUCGCCAAGACCACCAUGGAGGGGACGUCCCUGAGAGGAGACAUCAACGUCUGCAUCAUCGGAGACCCCAGCACCUCCAAAAGCCAGUUCCUCAAGCAUGUUGAGGACUUUGUGCCGAGGGCGGUGUACACCAGUGGCAAGGCCAGCAGUGCCGCCGGUCUCACCGCCGCUGUGGUUAAAGACGAGGAGUCUCACGAGUUCGUGAUCGAGGCUGGAGCUCUCAUGCUGGCUGAUAAUGGUGUGUGCUGUAUUGAUGAGUUUGAUAAAAUGGACUUGAAGGAUCAAGUAGCCAUCCACGAAGCCAUGGAGCAGCAGACCAUCUCCAUCACCAAGGCUGGAGUCAAGGCUACUCUGAACGCCCGCACAUCUAUCCUGGCAGCAGCCAAUCCUAUCGAUGGCCGAUACAACCGCUCCAAGUCUCUGAAGCAGAACGUCAACAUGUCCGCCCCAAUCAUGUCCAGAUUUGACCUGUUCUUCAUUCUGGUGGACGAAUGCAAUGAGGUGACUGAUUAUGCCAUAGCCAGACGAAUUGUAGAUCUCCAUGCUAGAAAUAUAGAUUCAGUGGAACGGGUUUAUGCAAGUGAGGACAUUCAGAGGUAUAUACUUUUUGCCCGGCAGUUUCAACCGAAGAUCACUCCAGAGGCGCAGGAGUUUGUGGUAGAGCAGUAUAAACGUCUGCGGCAGAGAGACGGAGGUGGCACUACUAAAUCUGCCUGGAGAAUCACAGUGAGGCAGCUGGAGAGCAUGCUGCGUCUGUCCGAGGGCAUGGCCCGCCUCUACUGCUCAGAUGAGGUUCAGCCCAAACAUGUGAAGGAAGCGUUUCGACUUCUGAAUAAGUCAAUCAUUCGCGUCGACUCCCCUGAUAUCAACUUUGACCAGGAGCAAGACGACAACGAGGAUAUUAAUGGUCAGAACGAGGCGUUGGGUGGGGAAGUGAACGGUGUGAAGGGUCAGAACGGUGUAGCAGCUGAUGCUGAGGAGGCCAUGGACACUGGAGAGGCCGAGCGGCAGGAGAAGAGUAAUAAAGCCCAGCCGGCCGUACGCAUGUCCUUCUCUGAGUACCGGAGACUCUCCAACCUGCUGGUGCUGCACAUGCAGAAAAUGGAGCAAUUGGAUGAAGAGUCGUCUCUGAAGAAGAGUGAGCUGGUGAACUGGUACCUGAAGGAGAUUGAGGGUGAGAUCGACUCUGAGGCUGAGCUCAUCGCCAGGAAGAACCUGAUUGAGAAAGUGCUGCACAGAUUGGUGCAUUAUGAUCAUAUUAUCAUAGAGCUGACUAAGACAGGCCUGAAGAAGGUCUCUGAGGAGGGGGAGGAGCCUGUUAUGGAGGAAGACCCUUUCCUAGUGGUGAAUCCUAAUUAUAUUCUGGAAGACUAGAGAAGUCUUUGGUAUAUCAUGGCCAUUCUCACCUGUUGCAUGUUUAUUGAAUAUGUAUUUAUUGAUUUAUACGUGUAAUAUUUAUAAAAAAAAAAAAAUAAAGUGAAACUGUGUAUUGUCA